AUGGCCAGGCCCGACAAACCUGUGCAGACUGCUGCUGCCCAAACCUGGGACCUACCUGGGACCUGCUUGAAGCGACCCUGGGGAGAAUGCCUGGCGGGGCGGGCGGCUGGGGUGCGCCAAGGGGCUCGGCCCAACUCAGCCGCCGCCGCUGCUCCCCAGUACGACCAGUGGACCAUCUCCAGGGCCUGCGGGGAGGACGCGCCCAUGCGGCUGGCGCACUGCCGCAGCACCAUGGAGGUAACGAGGCAGAUGAUCCGCCAGCUGGAGAACAGCAUCGAAAAGACGACGGUCAAGAUCACCACGAGCCAGAAAAUCCACCUGCUGUACGUGGACCUGCUGGAUUACCUGAAGAAAGUGCUGGAAGGAUAUCCCACAGAGCUGGACAAGCUGCAGAACCUCGUGUCUGACUACUGCUCAGAGCUGUCAGAUAUGACAGUCAUGUCCCAAGACGCCAUGAUGAUUACAGAUGAGGUCAAGAGGAACAUGAGGCAAGGGGAGGCGACCUUCAUCGAGGAGCGCAGGGCGCGGGAGAAUCGGCUCAACCAGCGGAAGAAGCUCAUCGACAGGAUCCACACCAAGGAGACCAGCGAGAAGUACCGCCGGGGCCACACGGACUUGGACUUCCCCACCAAUCUGAUGGGCUCGGAAAUCACGAGAGUGAGGAAAAAAGAGACCUCCAGAACCGAUAUUGAAUAUCAGACAGAUGUGACUGCUUUUGUGGAGAAGGUCAAGUCUGCUGUGCGGUGCUCUCACCUCUGGGACAUCACCGGCCAGUUCCUGGCCCAGAGGAACACCGAGAAGAACUUGGAGCUGCAGAUGGAGGGCUGUGAGGAGAGGCGGGUGCAGCUGGAGGCCCUGAUGAAGAAGCUGGAACUUGAGGAGGCAAUGCUCAAGUUCCACCAGAGGCCCGGCUCCAUCAGCUUUCCGUCCAUUGAGGAGAAGAUAAAGGACAUGCUGAAAGAGGAAGAAGAAAGGCUCCAGCUGGCCUUCACCAACAUGACCAAGAGCCAGCAGCUGCUGCUGACCAUCCAGACGGGCAUUGACAACCUCUACAUCCGGCUGAUCGGCGUCUCCUUGCCCAGGGCCCAGAAAGAAGUGGCGCCUUCCGACACCCCCGAUCUGUACAGCAAGCUGGCGUACUGCGAGGGGAAGCUCAUGUACUUGGCCGACAGAGUGCAGGCAAUGUCCAGGACUGAGGAGGUCAACACGAAGGUGAGCGACGCCCUGGAGUCCUCAACUCUGAAGGAGCAGCACAACACCAGGAUCAGCUUUGAGGACCUAGAGGAGGACAUGAUAGAAACCUUCCAGUUCGCUGACGUGGACCACAGCUACGUCCCUUCGCGGGCCGAGAUCAAGAAGCAGGCCCAGCGGCUGAUGGAAGGGAAGCUCAAGGCGGCCAGGAAGAAGAAGUAGCCCCCCGCCCCCGCCCCUCUUUGUUACACAAAUAAACGUUUUUCCAGGA